CCGGGAUUCCUCCACCAUCUAUACGCGGAUUCCCCCCACUUGCUUCAGCUUCACUUGACAUAUAAAGACCGGCGUCGCUUUGGACUGUGCUUCUUACUCUCUCAUAAUCUAUCACAGCACAGUUCCAACCCAUCUCAUAGGAAUCAUCUUAUCCUCCCAAAACUAUUCACCCCAUCUCCCCAAGCAGGCAAAUAUGACAGUCCAGCAAGACAGCCAUCUUAGUGACCACUUCAACAACUGGCCCAACGUCCAAGGGUUUGAUGCCAACUACGAAGUCAAAGACCAGGUCGAACUUCCCGUGGAGGGUCACUUUCCGGGCUACACUGCCGGCACGCUUUAUCGCACUGGACCAGGAAGCUAUAAAGUUAACACCGAACAAGGCGAAACUCUCGAACUCAGUCACUGGUUUGAUGGAUACAGCCAGACCCAUCGCUUUCAGCUGGUUGGUCCAGACGGCGAUCAUCCCCUGCGCGUAUACUACAACUCCCGCUUCUCGACAGACCUCUUGAUUGAACAAACCCGUAAAUCAGGAAACUUCAAACCCAUCACCUUCGGACAGAAGCGCGACCCUUGCAAAGCUGUCUAUGACAAAGUUCAGACGGAGUAUGAGCCAGCCAACAAGCCCCCACAUCCCUCCGCUGAGAACGUGGGUGUCACCCUAUCGGUCAACAUGCCAGGACUAGGAACCGAAACCAGUGACCGCUGGGACACAUCCAUGGGGAUCAAGACCCUGUGGGCUAAGACCGACCACAACAUCUACAAGCAACUGGAUCCCGUAUCCCUGGAGCCGAUCAGUCUUGCCCGCCAGCAGAACCUCCAACCGGACCUCGCAGGCGAAGGGACCGCCUCGCAUGCUCGCUCAGACCCGAAGACCGGCGAUGUCUUCAACUACAACCUCGCAUUCGAGCCCGAGCCCACAUAUCGUGUCUUCCGCAUCUCAGCCUCGACCGGCGAAACCACGAUCCUGGCGACCUUCCCGGCCACGCCCGCCUACCUGCACUCUCUCUUCCUCACCGAAGACUACGUGAUCCUCUGCGUGUGGAACGCCCAUCUCGACGUGUCCGUCUUCCAAACACCACCAUACAGCACACUCGACGCGAUCCAGCCAUUCGAUCCGACCAAGCCAUCCAUGUGGUACGUCGUCGAUCGCCAGGGCACGCAAGGUCUAGUCGGCACAUACAGCGGCCCACCAUUCUUCUGCUUCCACAGCAUCAACGCCUGGCAAGAACCCUCUCGCAGCUCCACCGCAACCGAGCGCAGCAUCGACAUCGUCGCCGACCUGGUCAAGUUCGACAACACAGACUUUCUCUUCUCCCUCUACUACGAGAACCUCCUCUCAAACACCAGCCCCGCCAAAGCCCGCCUCGCAACCGGCCGCACCGAAACCACCCGCUCCACGAUCUCCCGCUUCCGCCUGCCCCUCAUCCCCACGACCCCACGGCCCGACCCCGCCCAACAGGCAACCCUAGAACGCGCAAGCUGCAAGCCCAUCUCCCCCGAACUCCCGACCAUGAAUCCCGCCUACGUCACCCGCAAGCACCGGUACACCUACGCCAUCGGCGCGCGCGGCGAAUCCACCUUCUUCGACUGCAUCAUGAAGCUCGACAACGACCACGCCCCGGACACACCACUCAUCUGGGCCCAACACGCACAUUCCCCUGGGGAACCCAUCUUCGUAGCCGACCCCGAGGGCACCGAGGAGGAUGACGGGGUGUUGUUGAGUGUCGUGUUGGACGGACACUCCGGGAAGAGCUAUCUGCUUUGUCUGGACGCAAGGGAUCUGUCGGUGAUGGGGAAGGCGAGGGUCGAUGGGCCCGUGGCGUUUGGGUUUCAUGGGCAGCAUGUUCCUGCCGAACGGGGGAUCCCGACGGGGGAUUAUUAGGUGGACUUUCUGGCUGAGGAUUAUUUGUUCUGGUGUGCUUAUCUUUCGGUUCUGUUUUCCUCUCUCUUUUGUUUUGUUGUUCGCUGGACUGGUUUGAAUUUCGGUUACCUUUGAGGUAGGGAUGUGGAAUUUUUAUGAGUUAUGGAAUUUAAAUUGACUGGAAGACAUUGUGAGGACUGUGCGC